UAAAGGAUAAAGAAAACAAUAGUUAUGCCUGUAAAUGUUCACCUCCCAGGAUAUGUUUGCGUGCUUCAUCCUUUAAUUCCCGAUCUUCUCGGCUAAAUGUCAGUACACUAUGUGUGAGGCUGAGGACAGAGUAUCAAGCAGACUACAUCAAGACUGUUUGUAACGAGAAUCAAAAACAAAUUUCAAAAAAUAAACAUUCAGCACAAAAAGAAAUCGGAAACAUCAGUGAAGUAAGAUUUAGCAUGAAAAUAACAGCAAUCCCAUAUAGCAGACUGAUAGACAAUGAAAUAAGCUGUGACGAUGCUUCUUAUAACACUCUGUUGCUGCUUAAUGGUCUCGUGUACAUCCGAGGACCUACACAACAGACAAGGUAAACAAAUGAUAUGUCUGUAGCAAGGAGUUUAAUCAGCCAUAUUGCCUGAAAACACAUUAGAAUAUAUACUGGAGAGAGCCUGAAGAGGUUGGGUAAAACGUCUUCGAGAACACCGCAGGCUACAAAGAGGAGUUAAACAAUGCAAUUGUGAUCUCUGGUGUUUGACACACGAUGUCUAAUUUACAGGGUCACAUCGUGAUAAAUACUGAUAAAAAGCCGUAUGUGUGUACUUUCUGUGGAAAGGAGUUUAGAUGUAAAAGUAAAUAUCUAUGGCAUGUUAGGUCACAUACCGGAAAGAUGCCCUACCAGUGUGGUGCCUGUGGUAAGGGGUUCGACGAAGAAGGUCGUCUGAAACGACAUGCCAUGAUACAUACAGGAGAGAAGCCAUACAAAUGUGAUGUCUGUGAUAAGGCAUUUCGUCUUUCCAGUAGUUUGAAGACACACCUCACAAUACACACAGGAGAAAGGCCCUACAAAUGUGAUGUCUGCGGCAAGGAGUUUCGACAGUCCAGUAACCUUAGUAAACAUGUCGGGGUACAUGUCAAAGACAAGCCACACACGUGUGAUGUUUGUGGUAAAGCGUUCACAUUAAGGAGUAGCUUGAAGAUGCACGUUCGUACACAUACAGGAGAGAAACCAUACAAAUGUGAUGUCUGUGACAAGGAAUUUCAUCGAUCAUUUAAUCUAUAUAAACAUCGCAAAAUACAUAUAAAAGAUAAACCGCACAACUGUGAUGUGUGUGGUAAAGGUUUCACGUUUGAAAGUAGCUUACAGACACAUGUACGAAUACAUACAGGAGAAAAACCGUACGAAUGUAACGUCUGUGGCAAGGAGUAUAUGAGUGCAAAUAGUCUCAAAUUACAUCUUAUGAAACAUACUGGAGAGACACCAUAUAAAUGCGAUGUGUGUGGAAAGGGGUUUACUCAGUCGGGGAACCUAAAACAGCAUAUCCGAAUACAUAUUGCUGAGAAUUCUAAUCCGCACAAAUGUGCUGUCUGUGGAAAACAAUUUAUUAUGGCAAUUCAUUUAAUGAAACAUCUCGUAGUUCACACAAAAGAGCAACCAUGAAAGUGCUUUAUCUGCAGUGAAUAGUUUACAGCUGAGAAAUUAUUAGUCACAUUUACAGAUAUAUUCAGGUGAAAAGACCUACCGAUAUUUGUCUGUGGCCAGGGAUUUGAAAUCUAGCCUAUACACACACUUCAAGAUACAGAAUUGGGAGAUACAUUUAGGUACAGGAGUCUGACCUAAAGGAACUCUACCGGAUACCAACUAGAGAGAAGUCGUACAAAUAUCAUGUUUUGGGGUAAAGGUUUACAGCGAGGGGGAGAGGGAUGGGGGCAUACAUAUAUUUCCAGUUAUACCGGAGAAAGCCAUGGCAUGUUUCUUACAGGAUAGUAAUCGAAGUAUUAUGUUAGUUACAAGGUAUUUGGUUGAUUGGGCUAAAUAACCAUGUCAAAACACCGUGAAGUUGAGUUUGUCGCCUAACCUACCAAAUUACAUUAAAAAACUCUGAUCUAGAGAAAAGAA